AUGGUUACUCAACAAACAAGCUACUUUAUAAAAAAGGUGAAAACCUAUGGUGAAUUUAGUGAAAUUAUUGAAGGUAUGUUUGACUGGAAUAUUAUGGGAACAUUGAGUGAUGGAGUUCAAGUAUAUUACGUUGAUGAUUGUGACCAUGAAAAUGUGAAAGGAGACGAACAACACGUGAGAGAGAACGAAAUCGUGUCGAACGAGGAAAUCAUUAUGGAAGAAGAGGAAGUUAUAGAAAUGUCUGGUGUGAACUUUUAUGAAGGAUGUUAUGAUCUUGGGAUGAAAUUUAUUAAAGUUGAUUAUGGCGUUUAUGGAGAAAACGCGCAGAAUCAUUGCGAAAGAUUUUCAAGUGAUGACCAUGAAAAAGAAUCUUGGAAAUUGGACGCGCGAAAAGAUGGGGAACACAAGCAAUUGAAACGUCGAAUUCAAGAGUUGAACGAUCAACUUGGCAUAUGA